AUGCACAUCGCUUCCCACAACGUCAGGACAUUAUCGACAGACUCUCUCCUGGACGUAUAUCUACAACAACUGGAAAAGAUCAAAGCCGACAUUAUCGGUGUAUGCGAAACUAGGAGAGCACGCGCUGUCUCAGCGAGGUGGACAAGCGGUGAAGAAAUUCUGCUGGGAGAAGGAGCCAACAAUGUGCCCAGAACAGGUGGAGUCGGUUUCAUCAUAAAAGCGAAAAUGGUCCCGUACAUUAUUUCUUGUGAUAUCAUAUCCCCACGUGUCGCUGUUCUGAAGGUCAAACUACAAAAGUUGGGAAAUCGAACGCUCAAAAUGGUGCAAGUAUAUGCGCCCACUAUCACGGCGGAGGACGACGAAAUCGAACGUUUCUACGAAGAAAUAGAGACGGCAUUGAAGCUUAAAUCGACAUACACUAUUGUUCAAGGCGAUUUCAACGCAGUUGUCGGCUCCCGAUUGGACGAUACGGAAUACCUCAUAGGAAGGUACGGUGCGGGAGUAAGAAACGACAGAGGAAACCGUUUGAUCGAAUUUGCAGAACAACAUCAAUUCUCAAUAAUGAACACUUUCUUCGAGAAGAAAGCGAAGCGUCUCUGGACAUGGAGAAGCUCAGACACGAGAACUCUGAGGCAAAUUGAUUAUGUGCUGACCGAUACGCCAAGAUUGUUUGCUGAUGUCUCUGUUAUAGGGGAAAAUGUGAUAACGACUGGCUCCGAUCAUCGGCUUUUGCGUUCGGUGAUCCUCUUCGAUGCCAAGAAAGAACGUCGAGUUCUGCAUUCGCAAAGAACACUCGUACGACAAACUUUCAAUGCCGAUAUGUAUGCUGCGAUGAUAGAGUCGUCAGAUCUACACAUGAAUACCGGAAGCAAUAUCGAUGCCGACUAUGAAGAUCUAGUGGGAAAAAUAACUCAGGCCGUGAAAGCAUCGAGCAUUGCAAUAGAGCCCGCAAGGCGACGACGUAUAUCGACAGAAACACUGCAGAUGAUGAAGAGGAGAGCACGCAUGAAGGCUGAAGGACGAGUGCAAAAUGAGGAAUACCGGACACUCUGUGAAGCGAUAAGGGAAAGAAUCAAGUGCGACUAUAAAGGCUACAGACAAUGA